AUGCGUGGGGAUUUAAAUACAGCACUCAAUCCAAUUCCACUUUAUAAACAAGGUGUUGAAGAAGAAAAAUCUGAACUUGCUCGAUUAUCUUCAUUCGCUGGAGCAAUGGCUGUUGGUGAUUUAAUAAAAACUACACUUGGUCCAAAGGGAAUGGAUAAAAUCCUUCAAUGUGGUAUGCAUGGUGGACCUGAUGCUGGUAGAUUAUUAGUUACCAACGAUGGAGCAACAAUACUAUCAAAAAUUGGUAUUGAUAAUCCUGUAGCUAAAGUUCUUGUUGAUAUUUCAAAAGUACAAGAUGAUGAAGUUGGUGAUGGUACAACAUCUGUUGUUGUUUUAGCAAGUGAACUUCUUCGCGAAACAGAGAAUUUAAUUGGACAAAAAAUUCAUCCUCAAACAAUUAUUGCCGGAUGGCGUAAAGCAACCACUGAAGCUCUUCGAGUUUUGGAAGGCAUUGCUAAAAAUAAUAGUUCAAAUUUGGAGCAAUUCAAAAAAGACCUUAUGAAUAUUGCUCGUACUACAUUGAGUUCAAAAAUUCUUCAAGGAAAAAAAGAGCAUUUCGCUAAAUUAUGUGUUGAUGCUGUAUUAAAAUUACAUGGUAAAACCGAUUUACAAGGUAUUCAAAUAAUCAAACGUUUAGGAAAUAAUAUGAGCGAUUCAUAUCUUGAAGAAGGUUUUCUUUUGGAAAAACGUAUUGGUAUUAAUAUGCCUAAACGUAUACAAAAUGCGCGUAUACUCAUUGCUAAUACACCAAUGGAUACAGAUAAAAUCAAAGUUUUCGGUUCACGUGUACGUGUUGAUUCAGUUGCUAAAGUAGCUGAAUUAGAAUUGGCUGAGAAAGAAAAAAUGAAAGACAAGGUUGAUAAAAUACUUCAACAUGGUUGUAACGUUUUUAUUAAUCGACAAUUAAUUUAUGAUUAUCCAGAACAAUUAUUUGCUGAUAAAGGUGUUAUGGCUAUUGAACACGCAGAUUUCGAAGGUGUUGAACGUUUAGCACAAGUACUUGGUGGAGAAAUCGUUUCAACAUUUGAUACACCAGAUAAAGUACGUUUAGGAAAAUGCGAUCUCAUCGAAGAAGUAAUGAUUGGCGAAGACAAACUCAUUAAAUUCUCAGGUGUAGCACAAGGCCAAGCUUGCACCAUCAUUUUACGUGGAGCUACACAACAAAUUCUUGAUGAAGCCGAGCGAUCAAUUCAUGAUGCUCUUUGCGUUCUAUCACAAACAGUUAAGGAACCACGUAUUUGUUACGGAGGAGGUGCUUCUGAAAUGUUAAUGGCAACGGCUGUUUCGCAAUUAGCUGAAAAAACACCUGGUAAAGAAUCAGUUGCUAUUGAAGCAUUUGCCCAUGCACUUCGUCAAUUACCAACAAUCAUUGCUGACAAUGCUGGUUAUGACAGCGCAGAAUUAAUAUCAAAUCUUCGUGCUGCUCAUACUGCAGGAAAAUCAACAUUUGGUCUUGAUAUGGAAAACGGUACAAUCGCUGAUAUAGCUGAGCUCGGUAUUCUUGAAUCAUAUCAUCUUAAACGUCAAGUUGUAAUCAGCGCAUCUGAAGCAGCUGAAAUGGUAUUACGUAUUGAUAAUAUUAUCAAAGCACCACCACGACCUCGCCAACGUGAUAUGCGAAAUCAUUAA